CUCAGCAGCAAGCACAUACAAGUUAGAUGCAAACUCGCAUCAACAUGGCCGGCCAGCUCGCCUCGCGGCCCUUGCCGACCGACGCCUUCCUCCGCGGCCCCCCCGGCACCGGCGCGGCCCCGCAGCAGCAGCCCGACACCGCACAAGGCCGGGACACCUUUCCUGCUGGCCCUAGCGCUAGUGCUGGUGCAGCUAGCUCUAAAGGCCUCUCGCUGACGAUAUCGCCAGGCAAGGCGCGGCCGCUGGGCCUCUCGGCGGCGCCGGCCGCAGGCGCCAACGUCAUUCGCGGCGGCCGCAGCAGCGGCCGUGACGGGUUCGUGUACGUGCCCCGCUCCUACCACCCCGGCCGGCCCUCCCCCCUGGCGGUGAUGCUGCACGGCGCGGGCGGCCGGGCGGACCCGCAGUCGGGCAACUGGAGCUUUGGCGGGCUGCAGGCGCUGGAGGAGAGUGCCUGCAUCCUGCUGGUGCCUGAGAGCCGCGGCAGCACCUGGGACGUCAUCCGCUGCGGCUUCGGUCCGGACGUGGCGCACAUAGACGCGGCGCUGGGGCGCGUGUUCGCCAGCUGUGCGGUGGACCCAGGCCGCGUGACACUGGCGGGGUUCAGUGACGGCGCCUCCUACGCCCUGUCCCUGGGCUUAGGCAACCCGCAGCUGUUCACACACCUGGUCGCCUUCUCGCCCGGAUUCAUGAGGCCACCGCCGGCCGCAGAGGCCGCCAUGCAGCGCGGCGGCAUUUCUGGCAGUAGCGGCACUUCUGACAGUGGCAGUAGCAGUGGUGGCAGCAUUGACGUCACUUACCACGAGUUCGACGGCGGGCACGUCAUUCCGCGGGACGUGGCGGCGGAGGGCCUGGCCUUCUUCCUGGGCAGUAGGGUGUGACUGUGUGUGGUGUGUGUCACACGGUGUGUAUGAGGAGUGUGUGAGGAGUGUAUGAGUGGGAUGUAUGAGAGCGGCUGGGGCAGUGACAGGGACGGUGAGACACAGCGGCAGCAGCGGCAGUGGCGGUGGCGGUGGCGGUGGCGGUGGAAGAUGUGGAAGUUGGGCCGGGUGUUGAGGUGUUGUGCUUCUAGGAACUGUGCGCGGAGGAGUACAGUAGGCACCGAGGGAGGGUGUCACCCCAGUGCCUCCCCUCCACUGGGGCGACGCGGGGUCGUACGUAGGGGGGGGGGGGUGACCAGGCAGCCAGGCAGGGAGCGUCGGGCCACGGGCGCGACAUGUGGGAAAGGGCAAGGCAAAGUUCGGAGGGGCAGGGCACAGUGAAAGGUGGUGAUGUGGUGGUGAUGCGAACCCAUACGUGCAUGGUGUUCAGAAUGAUUGAUACGCGUGCAAGAGUGCAACACUGCUUCGCCGUUGUUUCAGAGGGGCGUCGCAGCCAAGGUAGCAGCGCCACGAUGUGUGUACGGCAAGGCGGGACCUGUACGGGGUCAUGCAAUCUUGGCAGCAUUGAAGCCAAGGCCUGACCAUCCUGUGAUGCGGAUAGCAGUUGUAUUGCACAGCACCAUUACACAGCAUUAUGCGCCUUCUCUCAGUUGGACGUGUGCAUGUUGCGGAAAUGUUGCACGGUUUCGGGACGAGAGAGUG